AUGUUAUGUAGGUGUCGAGUACCGCGUGUUCGAGAUCAUCCAUUGGUUGUUCUUCAUCAUUUGACACAUCCGCCCUAUCAUGAGACAGAGGAACAACAUCUCGAUCAAAAUUUGAUCGAAAAGAUCGGUUCAGGUACCGAAGCAAAUCCUUUUGUUAUCUAUCGUGAUCCACAGUCAGUCGAUACAACGAAUCUUCGAUAUCUACGUUUUGUUUGCGUAUCUGAUACUCAUAAUAAACUAGACAGAAUCGUCAUUCCACAUGGCGACGUGUUUGUUCAUUGUGGUGACGCAGUUAAUCAUUACACAUGUUGGCGUGAUCUACCUAAAUUCAAUGAAUUUGUGGGCACGUUACCACACAAGCACAAACUCUUCGUCAGUGGUAAUCAUUGCAUCAGUCUCAAUCCAGAACGACCUGAUCUCAGUCAACAGUCAUUAGGGAACAUGACCUAUAUUCAAGAUCAACUGAUUGAUAUCGAAGGAGUAGGCAUCUAUGGAAGUCCAUGGCGACCACAAAGAGGUCUUAUCUAUCGAUCCGAAGCAUUCGGAUACGAUGCUACACUCAUUCGAGCUGAUAUUUGGUCCAAGGUACCUGAAAAUAUCGAUAUUUUGAUGACCCACAGUCCUCCUUACAGCAUUCGAGAUCAUGAUCCGGCAAGCGAAGAGCGUUUGGGAUGUCCAGGUCUCUUACGUGAAGUGGUCACUCGAGUAAAACCACGUAUUCAUCUUUUCGGUCACAUGCAUUCAGAUUGGGGUGUCAGUGUGUACAAGAGCGACGAAAAUUCUGCUUUGGAGCAUAACAAUACAAUAUUAUCUUCACACGAUAUUCUGUUCGCCAAUUUAGCAAUUAAACGUCCGAGAAGAAUACUCGGUGAAGCAGUAGUCAUCGAUUAUUUCUACUGA